UUCCUGUGGGUGCGUGAGUGUGUCCGAACCCUGGGGCAUCACCUGCACCUUUCCCUCAAAGCUGCAAUCGGCGACAUUAUUGUAAAACUCAAAUCGGAAGAAAUGUAAAGCAGAAUUGAAUCCUGAAAACAGCUCUUGACUUCCCACUAGAUGCAUCUACUUGUCCUUAUUCUACCGACCAUGUGGAUCAUCUGUUUUUGAUUCUAGCGGCGCUGUUCACCACAGCUGAAACCGCGGAAAGGGGGGGGGGCGUACCGGUGUAACUUUUGGAGCAUCGUCAACAAUGCAGUGAUGAAUAAUCACGAAAAAAUUACCUCGAAUUACAAACCGAAAUAUGAUGGCAAGAAAAUGAUUAUCGCUGGAGUCGUGUGACUAGAGAAAAGAAGCCACUGGUGCGGGAGAUUACAGCACGGGGAUGCCCCUUCUCAACCAAACCCAGAGCAGCGCCACUGCCGCUGUCGCUGCAGGAGGUCAGCAUGAGGCGAUACGCGUGAUCCAGAUCGUGAUCACGACCCUCAUCUUUCUGGUGGGCGUCCCGCUGAACAGCCUGGUGGUUUGGGUGCUGGGCCUGCGGCGGGGUUGGCGCGACAGGGGCGUGGAGGGGCGCAGCGCCAGCAGCUUCCGCGUCUACGUGGUGAACCUGGCGCUGGCCGACCUGGUGCUGCUGCUGCGGACGCCCCUCAUGCUGGGCUACCUGGCCCAUCACAACACGUGGCCUUUCGGCCUGACCGCCUGCCGCCUGAUCAUGUUCCUGCGAGGCCUGGGCCUGUACGCCAACGCCUUCCUGCUGUGCGCUAUCUCCAUGGAGCGCUGCCUCUGCCUGAUGAGGCCACUCUGGUUCCGGAUGCGCCGAUCCCGCUGGACUGUGCCGCUGGUGUGCCUGGUGCUCUGGGUGUUGGCCAUAUGCCUGUCGACACCCUAUGUGGGCACUGCCAAACUCCUGCUAAAUGAAACCCAGUGCUGGGAGAGCGACAGGGACCACCCGGGCUCAAUCUGGGCCUUCUUCAUCACAGAGUCCAUCCUAGGCUUCAUUCUGCCUCUCCUCAUCUUCCUUAGCAGUAACGUGGUGGUCCUGGUCACCGCCCGGCAGGCCGGCGAGACGAUGUCGUCGGUGUCCAGCUCGUCCGCCGUCACAUCACUGCGCUUCACCAGGCUGUACCGCGUGCUCUUCCUCACCAUGCUCUUCUUCCUCACCUGCUGGGUGCCCUACUACACCUUCCGGUCCGUGAUCACCCUGAGGGGUAGCCAGGACUUGUGGGUGACCAAUGGCCUGUACGCGUCCCUCUACCUGGUCUACCUGAAGAGUGCCCUCAACCCGCUGCUCUAUGUGUUCGCCACACGGGGCCUCAGCCGCACCAUCCGCGCCUCGCUCCUGUCCACCGUCGACCGCAUCUUCAACGACGAUACAUCCGACUACACCCGCCGCCGCUCCCUGCGCAGGCAGGAUUCCCAACUCUAGCCACGAAUGUAGAUUUGGGUAUGCAUGGUCUGGACAUUCUAAUAUUGUGGAAAUACUGUAUGUAUUUAGGGAGGUAGGGGGUUUGGGGGUCAUUUGGCCCCUACGCUAAACCUACACCCUUGAUUCUAGCCGAUUCCAAAUGCAAGCGGACUUGGCCUGAGGCCUUGGUCAGAUGCAUAUGCACCAAUAUGCUGGGUACCCAGGGAGUAAAUGCCGCGCCUAUAUGUCUUACCCUUAACCACGGUGCCCGUUAGCCCAAAUCGGACAAAAUGUGAAGUGCCGCUUCGAGGUAAUUAUUGGAGAUGAACGGUUUCAUCAUGGCAGCGGUGGCAUCUGACAGGUGAAUAAUGUCCCAGAUGUAUCAUGGGUCCUGAUGUGUAGCAUUUCCAGAACUGCAACUGCAUGCACAAAGAGCCGUUUUUCACUUCUGUACAAUUGUGUUUGAUAAUUUGCUUCUGUUUUCAUAUACGUGUUUUUGGCAUUAAGUGCUUCAAUCCGAUAAGCAUUUAUUUUUUUUAAUAGUGUUAUUUAAGUUUCUUAGCAAGAAUAAAUAAAUACUGAACAAUGACCAUGUACAUCGGCAUUUGAUCAAAACCUUUCGAUAAGUUCAUGGACACUUCUGCAUGUUUUGCCAUCAAGGAUCCGUUUCUGUGAUGUCCCACCAAAUCCUGACGCACAAGUCGCCGCUGUUUUUGGCUCUUUGGCCUCUGACUUUGCGUUGGCUGCUCAAACCACAGUACACUGCUCCAAUAUCAGUCACAGAAAACCUCUUGGCAGUGACUCUUAACCAAUCAAAAUCUGAUGUGUGUAAUCUCUGGUUUAUGUUUUUAUUUAUUUAUCAGAUGAUUAUGCAAAGCAAUAUACAUUUUUCUGUGUGUGAUGUAUCAGGGUCUGGAGCGAUUGGGGGUUAAGGGUCUUACUCAUGUGAAUUGACACUGCCGAUCUUGUGAUCGUAAUCAGGAACCUUCCGUCCACAGGCAGAGAAAUCUAACCCGCAGAGACACAUUUGGUUUAUUUAUUUGCUUGUGAAGAAGAUCUCAAUGCAUGAAUAAUUGUAUGUCUGAUCCUACUACAGAGUUGUAGGCAUCAGUGCGCUCCAUGCACUCUGCCGCCUAAAGAGAUUCUAGCAGUGACAGUGAAGCUCGUCGAAUGAGACUGGUGCCCUGGGCAGGGAGCCAACUAGACUGGGCAUAGGAUAGACGAUCGAGGCACAGUGUGGUCGCCCUGCCAACUUAUAGCAUGUGAACCGUGCCAAUACUUAAUUUCCCUCAAACAUCCUCAACAACUCUGGCUUCCUGUUUUCUAUCCUGUGGUGAGACUGAAGAUAUUUCUGAUAAAACCAAGCAUGUAUGUCUCCUUUCUAA